AUUCAUCCCGAUAAAGCAAUUCGUUAUGGCCGACAAAAAACUUAUUGUAGUUGUUGGUUCUACUGGUAACCAAGGCAGCUCCGUUGUGAACACUUUUCUGAAAGAUACAGCAUGGAGGGUUAGAGGGCUUACUCGAAAUCCUGCUAGCUCAAAAGCCAAGGCACUCUCUGCUCGCGGCGUAGAAGUCGUUCAGGCUGAUAUGGAUGAUAUUUCCAGCCUCUCAGCCGCUUUUCGUGAUGCCAAUGCCAUUUUUGUUGUGAGCGACUUUUGGGGGAUAUACGGUGCCCUUGUUCAACAAAAUAAACACACCAGCGAGCAGCGGCUAAAUCUGCUGGCGGGAGAAAGCGAGCUCCAGCAGUUGAAGAAUGCAAUCGACGCCGCUUCUCAGGUGCCCGGCUUGGAAAGGUUCAUCCUGUCUACCCUCUCCAAUGUGACAAAGUGGUCUAGAAAAAAGUACACUCAUGUUUAUCAUUUUGACCUCAAAGCGCGCGCAUCUGCCUACGUUGAAGAGACGCACUCAGCGCUAUGGGCCAAAACUAGCCUUUUUCAAGCAGGUCUAUUCUUAAACACCUAUGUGGAAAGCCCGAAUUUUAUCCCUCACAAAGUAAAUAAUGACAUAUUUCAGAACGAGGAUGGUAUCGCCCAAUUCAUUACUACGAUGGCUGCCGAUUUCAAGCUCCCGUGGAUUGCCGCAGAAGAAGACACUGGUCCAUUCGUCAAGGUCCUGAUUCAGGAAAAACCGGGCAAAAACCUCAUUGCUUAUCGAGAGUGGGCAACUCUGCGAGAAAUGGUACAAGCUUUCCAAGAAGCCUCUGAGACCAAAUCUGAAGUGGUGGUUGUACCUCGUAGCCAACCAAAUGAAUUCUUGCCUCCCGAUUUAAAGCUCGAAAUCGACGAAGGGUUUCUUUAUUUUGAAGAGUUUGGAUAUGAAGCUAGAGAUGACCCAACAAUCAUCCACCCGAAAGACCUGGAAGAGCCUCCGAAAUUGGAAACAAUGGAGCAGUAUUUCCGAAAGCGAGAUUUUUCUCAAAUAUUCUCUACAUAA